AUGCAGGGGGCGAGUAACGGGUGCUCGAGCGAUCAGGGCCCAAGGAUAGACUUCGAAGCUUUGCUGAGUGCGGCUGUGGAUGCUUGUGCUAGCGAUGCUAGACAGCCCGCGGAAUUGCCCUGGGAGCACGGUGUGUUCAAGAGCAUCUUCGAGCCUAGCGAUGUGGUGGGCUGGGAAGACACUUUUAUGCUGCCCGACCUCCCUGUGCCAGAUGAUCCCGAGGAAAUUCUCCCACCUUCGGAAAAGAAGAGGCGUCUUAGAGAAAGUGGCCUCGUUCCUGGAGUGUGUUUUUCGGUGGUACGUAAAAGCCACGGCAUAUCUUGGCAAGAUCAGCGCGACAAGGACCACGACAAGGCCAUGGCUCGAUGGACCUUUGUUAUCUUGAGGUGGGCCGAUCUUCGCCCGGACCUCUUGAUCUGCAAGAGUCUGCUUGAGUGUGCUACCGCAGAAGAACGUACGGAAGUUCUUCGGGAUUGGUUGCAUCCAAAAGCUCCGAGUACGCUGCUUAAGCGUGUUAACUCUCUGCUUCGUUUUCACAAAAGUGAGGGAUGGUCCGACGAGACUUUUCCGUAUGAAGAGGGCAAUGUUUACAAGCACAUGGUUGCAGCCAGAGCUGGCGGAGCGAAGCCAGCACAGAUGCGUGCGCUUCGUGAGGCGUUGAUCUUCGUUCGACAUGUCUUCUCAGUUGAGGAGAUUGAGAACGUGAUAUCCAGCAGGCGGUGUCUUGGUGCAGCAUCGAGGGGUGCACGGCGGAAGGCGCGCCAGAGGGCAGACCCUUUGACCUUGAAGAACUUGAGGCUGCUCCAUUCCAUGUUGGGGGACAAGAGUGUCCCCGCUUGGGAUCGAGUUUUCGCGGGAGCAGCUUUGUGCUGCGCGUACAUGAGAUCCCGUUGGUCCGAUUUUCAGCACUCUAUCUCGUGUGGGCUGGAAUACGGGGCUGAUGGUGAGAGGCUCUUCCUGGAAUUUACUUGUGAGGAUUACGCCCGAGGUGCUAAGACGAGGUUGGGCCUAGCCCUCUGUGCAGUGCUGCCCGCGUGGGGCAGCCGGAUGGCCUCGGGCCGCUCUGUUUCUCCCGCUGAGUCAGAGCAUCCUAGUAGCCUCGACACUCUCGAGGCUGUAUCCAGCCACCUUCACACUUUGCAGGUGGCCCACGAUCUGCUUCAUUCACGCGUCCGUGUGGCCGAGGAUCGCCUUGCUUGGCUGGAGGAGCAGCAUACUCAUUCUGCUGCUCGCAUCUCUUGGCUUGAGCAGUUCAUUGCCCACUUGCGGCAACUCUUUCGCCGCUUCAUUUGA